AUGCCUAGCAACUGGAGGCGAUUCAAGGGUUACUUUUCCCUGAACGGCACCAACGGCACCAACAGCCGUCAUGCCUGGCUUCACGAGGAGGAGCGAGCGCUCCUUCCUCAUCACAGGAACCAGAACAUCGAGUCUGCCAUUCCGCCCCAAGAGGUCACAAAGGUCUGCCUCCGAUUGCGACACCUGAUUCGCGAAUGCAUUCCGUGCGAGCUUGAAGAGAGCCAAAUUACUCGUUCCCACAGCACCAUCAUCACCAACAAGGUUAUCCAGGCUGCAAAGGAAGCUGGCGGCGAGCGAUACGGAUCAUGUGUGGUCUACGCUCUGCUGGUCAACAUGCGAUGGUUCCAGCGGGAGGGGAUUGUCGAGCUAUGGGAUGCUGACCUCCAUGAUCUUCGUGCAGUUGCUUGUACUGUCAUUGCUAAGCAGAUCAUUGAAAACGAGGACGAUGCCGAGUACCUCCUGCACCACGUUCUGCUUCGACGGUAUUCAUUCCUCAUCAACCAAGAACCCACUGCCCCAACCAACGUCAUUGAGAAGGCAGUCGAUCUACAUGCCGUCCGGGUCAUUGGCUCAUCUGGCUAUCAGAAGUGCAUUGCCUACCUAUGGCGCGGCUGGUUGGUACAGGACGAGAACGAUCCGUCCAAGUUUGUCGACUACAAGGACAAAGACAACGUCAAUUUCAUCGUACACAUGGAUCCCGACCGCAUGCGAGCGCCGCGCUACCAGAAUGCCGCCCAGCUUAUGUUUUCAUUCAUCUACCUUGGACUCUACACAAUCGCCAUCAACUCGAUUAACGCGACAGGCGUACUGGAUGCAGCCGAAAUCGUGCUCUACGUCUUUACCUUUGCCUAUGUUGCUGACGAGCUUGUCAAAUACUACAAGGCGGGCUACCACAUCCUGGGUUUCUGGAAUGUCUUCAACUUCAUCUUGUAUACCUUCUUGACCGUAUCUCUUGUCUUCCGCAUCAUCGGACUAUCGUACUGGAGUGACGACAAACGCCAUGCGGAGUACAACCGACUGAGCUACUAUCUGUUGGCAUUUGUUGCGCCUAUGUUCUGGGGCCGUCUUCUGCUUUACUGCGACAGCUUCCGCUUCUUUGGCGCCAUGCUGGUUGUUCUCAAGGUCAUGAUGAAAGAAUCAGUCAUCUUCUUUGCUCUGCUCAUCAUCAUCAUCAUUGGCUUCCUUCAGGCCUUUAUUGGUCUAGAUGUCGCUGAAGACAAUGUUGCAGGCGACUCGUGGUUCAUUAUUGAGGCUAUGCUCAAGGCCAUCAUGCAGAGCCCCGAAUUUGACGGAUUCGAGAAUUUUGGACACCCAUAUUCGUUUGGAUUGGUUCUCUACUACUGCUUUACCUUUAUUGUCAUGAUUAUUCUCCUCAACAUCCUCAUUGCCCUUUACAACUCGGCCUAUGAGGACAUCUAUGAGAAUGCUGACGAUGAAUAUCUGGCACUGUUUGCUCAGAAGACGAUGCAGUUUGUGCGAGCCCCUGACGAGAACGUCUAUAUUGCCCCUUUUAACCUGGUUGAAAUUAUCAUCUCUGGUCUGUUCGAAUGGUGGAUGCCCAGGGCAACUUACGAGUUCAUCAACGACUGUGUCAUGGCCGCUCUAUACUCUCCUCUCCUGUUCGUGGCUGCAUGGCUCGAGACACGCACGGCGCAUACGAUCCGCCACAACCGAGCACGAGGCGAGGAGGACGAUGACCAGGUGCAUGAGUGGGAACAGUUCCACGAGGAGAUCGACUUUGAGGCAGAGGGCUGGACAAAGACAUGCGAUGCGGUCAAGCCAAACGUGGAGGAGGAGCCAGCCGUUAUCGAAGUGCGCAAACUGCGGGCUGAAGUUGAUGAGCUUAAGCAGAUGCUCUCAAAUCUUGGCAGUGCUAUCAAGGGGAAAGAAGAUCAGCCGGUCGAAGAAGUGAAGAGCGGAAAGGCGCCAGAGACAGAGACAGAGGGCGACGAAACUCGCGACGAAACUCUGGAGACUUCGGAGGUUCCCGAAACCCCUGAUGCCCAAGACACCCCCGAGACGUCGGCGGCAUCUGGUGACAACAAGGGUGGGAAGAAGAAUAAGAAGAAGAACAAGAAGAAGGGCCCUGGAGGAGCA